AUGACGGAUCACCCCGAGGACGAGGAGUUGGAAUUAACAUACGAAGUCGAAGAUGACGGAGACGCGUUAAAAGUAGGAGAAGGCGAUGCUCAUAACGAGGACGAAGAGCGGAAAGGUAGUGUUGGCGGCGGAGCAGCCGGCAGCGGCGGCAACGGCGACCGCGAGAACGUUAGUGGCGGCGGCAGCGGAGGCGGAAGCGGAGGCGGUGAUGGCGGAGAGCGAGGAGGUCCGGGGGAAGGAGAGGGGGCGAUCGCGCACAAUGCGCAACCAGGAGGUAACGGGCAAGAGCCCGCGGGGCAAGGGGGAGGCGGAGGCGGGACUUCAGGCGCGGACGGCCAUCCGCAAGGAGGCGGAAGUUCCGCCCAGGCGCAUCGUCCCGCGCAGGGCAUGGCGGGGCAAGCGGCAAGCGGAGGCGGAAAUUCCGGCGCGCAGCAGCAGCAGGGGGGGGGAAUGGGCGGAAAUGCUGGGCAGAUGGCGCAAGGGGAAGGGCAGGGGAGUGGAGGGUUUCAGGGUCAAGGCGGAAUGGGGGGGAUGGGGGGAAUGGGGCAAGGCGGGAUGGGGCAAGGUGGGAUGGGGCAGGGCGGAAUGGGGCCUGGCGGAGGGGGGAUGGGGGCAAUGGGCGGAGGAAUGGGUGGGAGGGGAGCCGGACAAGGCACUAUGGGUCCAGGCGGAAUGGGGGGAGGCGGAAUGGGGCAGGGCGGAGGCCAAAUGGGACAAGGGGGAGGCGGUAUGGGUCAGGGAGGAAUGGGAAUGGGUCCUGGCGGGGGAGGGGGCGGCGGAGGCGGCGGCGGGGGAGGCAUGGGCGGAGGCGGAGGGGGAGGCGGAGGGGGAGGCGGAGGGGGAUUUGAGGGGUUGGCGGUGUUUGUGGGGGACCUGCACUGGUGGACGACAGACGCGGACAUAGAAGCGGGCGCGUCAGAGUUUGGGAAAGUGGUGGGGGUGAAGUUCUUUGAAGAGAAGGCCACUGGGCGGUCUAAAGGAUACUGUCAGGUUGAUUUCGCCGAUGCAGCAGCAGCGCGUGCUUGUAAGGAGAACAUGGCAGGGCGGCUCUUCAAUGGCCGCCCCUGUAUAGUCACACCUGCCACCCCCCAAACCCUAAGGCACCUUGCUAUGGCUUCCGCCCAACCUGGGCCCCACAUGGGGCCCAUGGGGGGAGGUCCGGGGGGCAUGGGGGGAGGAAUGGGCGGCAUGGGGGGAGGCAUGGGCGGAGGCAUGGGAGGGAUGGGUGGGCCGGGGGGGAUGGGGGGAAUGGGGCCUAUGGGUGGAGGGAGGGGUGGGGGUGGGGGCAUGGGGAACUUUCCUGGAAGGGGUGGGGGGCCGAUGGGGGGCCCGAUGGGAAUGGGGGGAAUGGGGCCAGGUAUGGGGGGAAUGGGGGGAGGGAUGGGGGGAGGGAUGGGAGGAGGAAUGGGGGGAGGUAUGGGAGGAGGGAUGGGAGGGGGGAUGGGAGGGGGGAUGGGUGGAGGGAUGGGGGGAGGUAUGGUGGGUCCUAUGGGUGGUAUGGGCAUGGGAGGGGGGAUGGGGGUAGGAGGGGGCCCAAUGGGUGGGGGAGGGCCAAUGGGGGGAGGAAUGGGAGGAGGCAUGGCAGGAGGCAUGGGGGGAGGCAUGGGCGGAGCGGGCCCUAUGGGGGGAGGUUCUGGGCCAGGGAGAGGCUUUGGGCGGGGGGGAAUGAUGCCAGGGCGGGGCAUGGGGAUGGGGGGAAGAGGGGGGGUCGAUGGGGGAAGGGGGGGAAGAGGAGCAGGCGGGGACUGGGGUGGAGGGAUGGGGGGAGGAGGGGGUAUGGGAAGGGGGGGAGGGGGAAGGGGAGCUGGUACAGGGGGAAUGCCUUUCCCCGGAGGACCCCCUAUGGGGGGAGGUGGGGGGUUCGACCCGUCAAUCGGCCCAGGGGGAAUGGGGGCAGGAGGGGGGACUGUGGCAGGGGGAGGGGGAGGAGGGGGAAGGGGUUUUGCUGGUCCGCCUGGGGGAGGGGGCGGCUUCGCCAGGGGGGCCCCUGGGUUCAACCAAAUGGGCCCGGGGGGAGGGAUGGGGGGAAACAUGGGGGGAGGCAUGGGGGGAGGUAUGGGGGGGGGGGUUCCAAGCAUGGGCGGUGGUCUGCCUGGUGUUGCUCCCCACAUCAACCCAGCCUUCUUUGGGAGAGGAGGGGGAGGGGGAGGAGGGCAAAUGGGAGGAGGCGGAGGGGGAAUGGGCAGUGCAGAUGGUAACGUGGGAGGGUGGGAAGGGGGAGGAGGAAUGGGAGGAGGGGGAGGAGGAUCAUGGGGCGGUGGCGGAGGUGGGGGAGGAGGGGAGGCAGUCAAGGGUGGUGGUGGUGCCGCUGCUGGUGGUGGCCUGAACAGUGCCACAGGAAGUGGGGAGUAUUUCGAAGGCGAGGGAGGGGCGAGCUCUCAUAGAGGAGGGGGUGGGAAAAGAGGAGAGAAUGCUGAGGAAGGGAAUGAAUGA